AUGAGUCCGACCAUGGAAACCGGCAACAUUGGUUCUUGGAAGCUCAAGGAGGGUGAUUCAUUUGAGGGCGGGACAGUAAUGCUAAAUAUUGAGACGGACAAGGCGCUCAUGGAUGUCGAAGCAAGCGACGACGGCAUUCUUGCCAAGAUUUUGGUUGCCGACGGCACGAAAGAUGUGCGCGUGAAUACUGUCAUUGCAAUGCUUGCUGAAGAGGGUGAUGAUAUUUCGAAUAUUGAGCUUCCGCUCCCGAGUGAGGCAGAACAAAAGGAACCAGCAAAGGAACCAGCAAAGGAGGCGCAAGAGACGUCUCCAGAGCCUGAACAACGCGAUGCCACUCAUUCAUCUCAUCAUUUUACGUUUAGGCACACCCAGUUCCCUUCUGCUAUGCGUCUUAUUGAUGAGUUUGGUAUUCAAGACGCAGAAACAAAGAUUACAGGCACUGGUCGUCAUGGUAUGCUUACAAAAGGCGACGUGCUUGCCUACGCUGGCAAAAUCAAGAACCCAUUUGGGACCGCAAAAGCAACGAGUACCAAGGUGUCUGAUUUUUCUCUACCUUCUUCAGGGCCGAGCGGUCAGUCCAAGCCUGUCAAGCCCGAAGCGGACCUUUCUGCGAGGGAAAGGCGUGACAUGAUGCUCCAAGGUAUGGUUGAACUUGGCAAGGCACGCCCAAAGCUACUAGACAUUGCGUCGUUUGAACGUCUCGUUAAUGCGUACGUGAAAGCGGGUCUACACAAGAACACCAAACGCACGGAAAAGGAGGAGCUUGACGAGGUAUUUACGAAACUACUCCGCUAG